AUGGCCGACAGCAGCAACGACGACGACACCAAGUCAAACAAGCGAAGCCACGCUGACUUCGCUGGCGACGAUGGCGACGGCAGCUCGUCGGACGAUGAUAUGGGGCCACAGUUGCCUUCCGCAGCUCCGAAGAAAAAGCGGCGCGUUCUCCCCUACGAAAAGCUGUACAUCUCGGCCCUCCCUAAAUCCGCGCGGUACUCGAGGUCACUCAUGCACAAGGAGCAGCUCGCGUUCCUUACCAUGACACCGCUCACCGAAUUUUUAAUUACAACAUCCGUUGAUGGUGCCGUCAAGUUCUGGAAGAAGAUUGCCGAAGGGUUCGAAUUUGUCAAGGAGUUCAAAGCACACCAAGGCGAAGUUCGCUCUGUGUCGUGUAGUCAGGAUGGGCGGAGCUUUGCGACGGCUGGUGUUGACAACACUGUGAAGCUGUUUGACGUGGUUACGUUUGACCUUCUUGCCGUUCUCCAACUUGACUCGACGCCGCGCUGUGUCUGCUGGGUCCACAAGAAAGGCUCGUCCUUACCUCUUUUAGCUGUCUCUGUCAACGAGCCCAAGCCGAGUAUCCGCAUCUAUGACGGAAGGGGGGAGGAUCAGGAACCAAUUCACACUAUUGCCGGCUUGCACCGGAGCCCGGUCUCCCUCAUGGCAUAUAACGGACACCACGACUGCGUGAUAUCGAUGGAUGAGGGCGGCAUGGUGGAAUACUGGCAGCCGGGGGGCACAUACGGAAAACCGGAAACCGUCUUCAAGUUCAAGAGUUCCACCAGUUUGUUCGAGUUCAAGAAAUCGAAGUCGGUACCAGUAUCACUCACUCUCUCGGCCGACGGGAGCCGAUUCGCGACCAUAUCGUUCCCCGACCGGAAAAUUCGCGUCUUUGAUUUCGCCUCGGCCCAACUCCAACGGACGUACGAGGAAUCCCUCGAGGUUAUGGAGGAAAUGCAGCAGGCCGGGACCGCCUUGCAGAAGCUCGACGCCGUGGAGUUUGGUCGCCGCCUUGCCCAGGAACGCGAACUUGAGUCGCCGGAGUUUCGCAACAAGUUCAACGUCAUCUUUGACGAAUCGGGCCAUUUCAUCAUGUAUGGGUCGUACCUCGGCGUUAAGGUUAUCAACACGUAUACCAACCGGGUCGUCAAAGUCUACGGUCGGGAAGAAGGAUUCCGCCCUCUGGCGUUGGCGCUAUAUCAGGGACAACCCCAGAAGAAAGGCGUCACAACCGUUGCCAUGGCGGCUUCAAGUAAUCCCUUGCUGCAAGAAUCGGAGACCAGAGACCCAAUACUGGUCGCAACAGGCGCGGGCAAGGUCCGAUUUUACAUGUUCACCAACGAGGAAGAGAUAUCAAAGUCGACAAGAGACGUCCAAAAUGAAAAACCGACCGUCCUGGGGCAGAAGAAAGCCGAGGAGAAGAAAAAGACAGAGACUGGGACGGCUGCCAUCGUACAUACCAAUUAUGGUGACAUCCACAUUCGCCUGUUUCCCGACGCCGCGCCCAAGGCUGUUGAGAACUUUGUCACGCACUCGAGACGGGGGUAUUACAACAACACCAUCUUCCAUCGGGUUAUUCGGAAGUUCAUGAUCCAAGGAGGAGACCCGCUCGGAGAUGGCACAGGUGGCGAGAGUAUCUGGGGCAGGGAGUUUGAAGACGAGUUCAGCAGCUUGAAGCACGAUAAACCAUACACCGUCAGCAUGGCUAAUGCCGGGCCCAAUACCAAUGGUAGUCAGUUCUUCAUCACGACCGAGAAAACGCCUUGGCUUGACAACAAACACACCAUUUUUGGCCGCGCGGUCCAGGGCUUGGAUGUUAUUCACCGGAUUGAGAGCGUCAAAACGUACAAAGAGAAGCCGGCAGAGGAUAUCAAGAUUCUCAACAUUGAUAUUGCCUGA